AUGGAGCAGGACAUUGCUGCACUGGAGCUGGUAGAAGUUCGAAAGUUACAUGAAUUAGUGCGGAGACUGGAAAUUCAAAAUGAAUUUCUAACCGAGAGGCGAAGAAAUAUCAACACCAAAAACCAGUCUCUCUCUGGUGUGCUUAUCAGCUGUCCCUCUUCGCUGGAAGAACAUCUAAACUGCUGUGAUUUGCCAGACCCUGAACCAGCAGAGGUCAACGGUGGGGAUGGUAUAUCUCCACCUCUUGAAAGCCCCAGAGAUACACUAGUGAGGCAGGAUGGACACGUAUAUGAUGGCUGUUAUACACACUUGCCCCACAGUGACAUGUUGGAGGAGACACACAGGCAAGGAUGCAUGGGGUCAGAGGAGCUGGUGGUCAGGGACACAGAGAAGAGAGCAGAGCAGUCUUCUCUGGAGCUAGUGGACCUCCUGGACCUAGAGGAGUGUUGUGAGGUGGAGAAUGAAGUGAGCUGGUUAUAUGAGUCACCCAAGAAAGGGGCAUCUGCUGAGAGAAGUGAUGAGUCCCCUAUAAAGUGGUGCAGACAGGUCCUGGACAACCCCAGCCCUGAAACAGAGGUGGCAUGUCACACACUAAUUAAUAUCCUGGACCAAAAGACGAGAUGGAGGAGUAUCUUUAGCAGUCGCUCCCACAGACGUCCUGUAGCCUUCCCUGACACUGGUCAUCUCUGCAUGGGCUCACCUUCCCCUCGGUACCACAGAUCAACUGACAGAAGUCAACAAACCAACAAACCUAACAGCUCAGAUGGCAAUGAUGCUAUUUUACCACCAUCAAUGGACAAGAAUGAGCCGAGUUUCUCAGAUGACUCCAUCACCAUGGGCUACAGGCUGCAGGACCUCACUGAUGUCCAGAUCAUGGCUCGCAUGCAGGAAGAGAGUUUACGACAGGACUAUGCCUCCAUCCCUGCUGCCGCUACACCGUUCAGGGGUCCUGGUGCAUCCAUGCUGUCACCUUCUAACUACAGCUACAAUGAUCUGGAGUUCGACAAGUAUAGCCUGGAGGACACAGUCGCAUACACACCGCCUCCCAGCCAGCUGCCCCACUACCGCCGUUCCCCAUUGGGCCAGUCACCCAGAGCCAUAGCCCAGCCUGGUUACAGCAGCCAGCUGCCAAGGCCUCCCAGUCAAGCGACCCCUCAAUCUAAGCUGUUUAAGAUUGCAAAGAGCAGAGAGGGUCUGAGAAGCAGCAUGUCCAACCAGGAUUCACCUCCUCGCACCAGCCUCCGCUCCCUCCAGGCAGUCAGGAACAGCCGCAACCUGGAGGCCAACGGCCAGCUCCUCACAGACCACCCCACCUCCCGGCUCACCUACCCUGUAGCAGGUUCAACCAGGUCUCCAUCAGGUGUUUCUCCUCCCUAG